GGGGGUCGAGGUUCUGGUGAGUUGGAGCAGUAUUUGAGAGAUAUUGGUGAUGCUAUUAAUGAGGAGAUUGAUGAUCGGAAGUUUGACAUUCUGAAGUGGUGGGCUCGGAACAGUGUUAGAUAUCCCAUUCUUUCAGAGAUGGUUAGGGAUAUAUUAGCAGUUCCAGUCUCCUCUGUUGCAUCGGAGUCCGCUUUCAGUUGUGGAGGUCGAGUUCUUAGUCCUUUCAGGUCCUCUUUAAGCCUAAACAUUGUGAAGGCAUUGAUAUGUGCUGAAGAUUGGAUAAGAUAUGAAAGUGGAAAGACUGCAGAUGAACUGAAUGAUAAGGAAGAAGAUCAAGAGACAAUCGAUUAUGAAAAUGUUACUAAUACUUUCCAAUCUCGAGUGGAAACUGCAAGUGACAUCCCAAGUGGAGCACAUAGCUUACCUGUUAGGGUUGAUGAGGAGGAGGAAGAGGAGGAUAGUGAUGAUGAUGAAGCCACCGAGUCCGACGAAGACAUGAACCAAGAUGACGAUGAUGAUCCCGAUGAUACUCUUCUCAUGACUUUGAAGAAGAAAGGUUGCGCAAAUGUUGGUGGUGCUACAAGUUCUACCGGAGGAGGAGCAUGAGCU